CGUCGCAGUGAUCGCGCAGUAUAUAAUGCGCAGGCGCAACACAAUCCGUAUCAGUCUCACUUCGCAGUCGAGAGGAUAUACAACAUGUUCGCUAAACUGUUCAUCGUGAGCGCCGUGCUGGCGGUAGCCCUUAGCCGCGAGUACCCCGCCGGCGUGCACCCGGCCAUCUGUCCAAACUACCCAUACUGUGAUGCGGAGACCCUCGCCCGCCACACCCCUGACGGACAACCCAUCCCCGAGUGGGUGCGCAACCCUAACCUGCUCCCUGUCGCGCCUGUUGCUGCGCCCCUAGCGCCUGCUGCUGCUCUGCCCGCCGCCCCCCGCUACCCCGCCGACUUCCCCGCCGCCCUCUGCCCCAACUACCCUUACUGCUGGUAAAACGAUGAACAGCUUAGCAAACGACUUAGCAAAUGCCAGAUUUGAAGAAAAAAAUGCUAUUCUCUGAUGUCACGAACAAAAUUUUGCAAUGCAGUUUAUUUUAAGACUUAAAGUGAUACGUAUAGUUUUUCAUAUCAUCGAAAGUAUUAACAAGCUACUGUAACCCUGUAACGUAUACUUAAAUGUUUGUUAAGUUUCAAUGUGCCUAUCAAAGGAUUGGAACGCAAACUAUGGGCAGAAUAAGAGUCAUCAGAUAAUUUGUCAAUUGUACAUCCUUAUUGUAAAAUGUAAACUCGACUUUUUCUCUACUCGAUUCGACCUCUGCUGAGCAUUUUGGUAUUUUAUGUUGACAUUUUACGUCCUCGAUUUGAGGACUCACUGGAGUCGAGCGUGUCAUACUGCCAACAUAAUAAUACGAAAUGACGUCAUACGUCACUGGAGUUAACUCCAGUUAAGGUUGAGGAGCCGUCUAAGAAUAUCUGAGUUCGAGGAAAGCCUGGAGGUCGCCUCAACGGAGAACGGAGUCGAGAAAAGUUCGAGUGAACAUUUUAGAAUACAGGUAUCACGACUGCUAGGUUCUACAGCAAAAAAAAAAACAUUUUUAUAAAGAUCUCAAAACGAACUUUAUUUCAUAAA